UCUGGUGUCAUGUAUCCAGAUCGCACAGAGUUGGUUGGCAGCUUUCCUGCCCUGAUUAGAAGGCCAGUGCAGGCUGGAGCUCGGGGGACGAUGGAGUCCGUGCAUGUUAUAUGAGAUCCCCCCACAUGAUCUGACUGCUUGCCGCACAAGGAGAUCGCCCUUCCCCCGGCUCUCCUCCAGCAGCGGCAGGAGGAGGAGGAGGAGGUUGUGUGCAGGACAGGAAAGAGGUUGGGAGGAGGGAAGGAGCCAUGGAGGGGAUCUCAGCCCUGGAGAAGAAUGUGGCCGAGUUGACGGUCAUGGAUGUGUAUGACAUCGCCUCUGCGGUGGGCCAGGAGUUUGAGAGAGUCAUUGACCAGUAUGGCUGCGAGGCCAUAGGCAGGCUGAUGCCCAAAGUGGUGAGGGUCCUGGAAAUCCUGGAAGUCCUGGUCAGUAGAAACAUCAACCCAGAAAUGGAAGAGCUCAGACUGGAGCUGGACAGGCUGAGACUGGAGCGGAUGGACAGGAUAGAGAAGGAGAAGAAGCAUCAGAAGGAGCUUGAACUGGUAGAAGAUGUGUGGAGAGGCGAAGCACAGGACCUCCUGGGUCAAAUAGCGCAACUACAAGAGGAAAACAAACAGCUUCUAUCAAACCUGUCCUCCAAAGAUGUCACUUUAACCGAGGAGGAGUUUCAGAAGCAUGAAGGCAUGUCUGAGCGAGAAAGGCAAGUGAUGAAAAAGUUAAAAGAAGUGGUGGAUAAACAGAGAGAUGAAAUACGAGCAAAAGACAGGGAGCUUGUACUUAAGAACGAGGAUGUAGAAGCGUUGCAGCAACAGCAGAGCCGACUCAUGAAGAUUAACCAUGACUUACGACACCGCAUCACAGUGGUGGAGGCACAAGGGAAGUCACUGAUAGAACAGAAGGUGGAGCUGGAAGCAUAUCUCCAAACGAAGGAACAAGAGGCCACUACCAUGAAACUGGAAAUUAGAAAGCUCAGAGAGAGAUUGAAGGGAGAGCAGCUGCAGAAUGGCGAAGAGAAAAAAGAGCAGGCUGAUGCCAUAAAUGAAGACCCCAUCUUUGAUUCAGACAAAACGUCUUUUGACCUGAAAGAUUCAAGUCGGCCCAGGUUUACAUUGCAAGAGCUGCGAGAUGUUUUACAUGAAAGGAAUGAGCUGAAAUCCAAGGUUUUCAUGCUGCAAGAGGAGCUUGCUUACUAUAAAAGCGAAGAAGCAGAUGAGGAAACAAAGCUGCCAACAAUGCCGCCCAUUAUUAACUCCAAAGCACCCAACCCACAGGAAUCUAGCAUCAAAAGGCUAUUUAGUUUUUUCUCCAGGGAUAAAAAACGGAUGCCCCUAUCACAGAGAAAUGCCACCUUCCAGGAAUCCUUUGGUGUCUGGUCAGAUUUCAACAGAGAUGAUGGUUACACAGAACAAGGACAAGAGGCGUUACAGCACAUGUGAAUGAACCGGAGGCUCAACAUUGCACACUGAACAGCUGAUGACAUUUUCUUUGUUGCGCUGCCUGCCUAAAAGCAUUUUACUUUGUGAACUUCACACAAGACAUACUGCACAUUUGCCAAGAGCUAAAGAAGACAACAACAACAACAAAAAAGAGCA